CAAUCGUUUAGUUAACCAUCGACUUCACACCGGCGCGUACCGAUCGUCUCUCGCGCGUUUGCGUUCGCUGUUUAACGUUGUUACACUUUCAAACGCACUCACACACAUAUCGGAGUGUUAAUGUAUUUUUACUUUUAUAAAUAUUAUUAUAACACCGUAUAGACUCGAGUCCGCUGUGGCAUAGUUUUUCGUGAUUUAUUUUUUUGACCGCGUUCGUUUUGGCGUUUUUAUUUUCGCGCGCGUCGUGCACGUCUAUUCGUAUAUUAUAAUAUCUGAAUAGCGGUUGAACGGCACAUCAAUAACGACGGUAUAAUCGUGUACACAAAAUCCGCGAAAGUCGCGCACAAUAUACCACACUACCACGACGGCGACGCUUAUCGGCGGUAACGUGCAGUCAUCCGGUCGCGGCAAUACGUCUUUGCUGCAGCAUUGGCCGAUCGGGCUAGCAGCUGCAGUGGCCACCGGCGGUGACAGCAUCGGUAAGAUCAGGACGACGACUACCACCAAGAUGACCGUGCACGAACUCACGGCCGCUUCAGCGGCCGGCACCAUGCCAAUGCACCAUCUCGGCAGAUCUCGGUUCAUGAUCACGGACAUACUGUCCGACAACGGGCGCAACAACGGCGGCGGUUCACCCGUGUCACCUGCUUCGUCCACGGACGGGCCACGCGACCUGUCUCUGCACGGCCGCGCGUCCUCCGGCAGCAACGGCGGAGGCGGUGGACAAGGAGCUGGGCCCGCCGGCGUUAGUGGAGGGCCAGCCGACUCGGACCUGAGCGACGAUCACGAAAGCGGCACUGAUAGUGGAUUGCCGGGCGACAACUCAUCCGUUUGCUCGAACGGUCAUAGAGACGACGACGGUCGGAAUUCCGGUUCAAAUCUCAGCAAGAAACAGAGAAAAGCGAGGACGGCGUUUACGGACCACCAAUUGCAGACUCUCGAAAAGAGUUUCGAGAGACAAAAGUAUCUGAGCGUCCAGGACCGCAUGGAAUUGGCGGCCAAGCUCAAUCUGUCCGACACCCAAGUCAAAACCUGGUACCAGAACAGAAG